UCUCAAUGUUAAGCCGAGUUCAUCGAAUUGCUUCACUCUCAUUGACCAAACCUCGAUUCCGUCAUCACUUUAUCUCAAGCUUACACAUCAUGUCCCGGUACGCCGACGCUCACAAGAACACAUCUGGACCUGGCGAUGCUCGUCCAACGGCCUUGCAAAUCGUGCGCGAUGAGGGUCUUGAGGGCGCUUUGACAGACAAGGUGUUUUUGAUCACUGGUACCUCUGCGGGUAUUGGCGUUGAGGUUGGCCGUGCUAUUGCUGCCACCAGCGCCCGUGUUUUCCUCGCUGUCCGGGAUCUCGAAAAGGGCAAAGCGGCAUGCUCCUCAUUCUUGGAUCCUGGUCAAGUCGACUUGAUACGUCUUGACACAUCCGACAUGUCCUCCGUUCGCGCAUGCGCCGCAGAAUUCCUGGAGAAAUCGUCUACACUCAACGUCCUCAUCAACAACGCCGCCAUCAUGGCGACACCUACCCGCAUCGAAACAAAGGAUGGUUUCGAGCAACAACUAGCCACCAACUAUCUCGGGCACUUCCUCCUCUUCUGGCUCCUCAAAGACGCCCUCCUCAAAGGAUCCACCCCCGAGUUCAACUCCCGCCUCGUCAACGUGUCUUCCUCAGGCCACCACGCCUCAGAGAUCAUCUACGACGAUUUCCAGUUGAAGGCAGGUGGCGCUUACGAUCCCUUCAAAGCCUACGGCCAAAGCAAGCUCGCCCAGAUCUACAUGUCCAACUACGUCGACCGUGUUUAUGGCCCAAAGGGUCUUCAUGCCACUAGCGUCAUGCCCGGUGGAAUCGCAUCGAACCUCCAGAAGCAUCUUCCUGAAGCGGUGCACAAGGAUAUGAAGGAGAAUCCGUCAACGUUCAAUUGGAUGAAGAGUCCUGAACAGGGAGCUGCGACUACGGUUUUGGCUGCGGUGGGUAAGGAGUGGGAGGGUAAGGGGGGGAAGUACCUUGAGAACUGUCGACCUUCUAUGCCGCAGCCGUUGAUCCCGGGGGUGAUGGGGUAUAAGGAUUAUAUUUAUGACUCAGAGAAGGAGAACAGGACUUGGAAGCUCGCCCUGGAGACUUUGGGACUCAAGGAGACGGCUUGAAGCAGGUUGGCGCAUGAUGACGAGUGGGAUUCGGUGCGACUCAGCUCAAUGUUGUAGCUUGGGCAAAAGCAUCGGCGGACAGUCAGCAUAGUUUGUUCCAUAGCCUCGGAGGCUCACUGAAAAGCAUUCAUAGAAAAUUCAACUACAUCUCUUCAA